AUGUGGAGCCAUGUGCCCCUGCUGAACCUCCUGCUGCUCCUACACAGCAGCAGGAGUGUGCCCCUGCUGAACCUCCUGCUGCUCCUACACAGCAGCAGGAGUGUGCCCCUGCUGAACCUCCUGCUGCUCCGCCACAGCAGCAGGAGUGUGCCCCUGCUGAACCUCCUGCUGCUCCGCCACAGCGGCAGGAGUGUGCCCCUGCUGAACCUCCUGCUGCUCCGCCACAGCAGCAGGAGUGUGCCCCUGCUGAACCUCCUGCUGCUCCGCCACAGCGGCAGGAGUGUGCCCCUGCUGAACCUCCUGCUGCUCCGCCACAGCGGCAGGAGUGUGCCCCUGCUGAACCUCCUGCUGCUCCGCCACAGCGGCAGGAGUGUGCCCCUGCUGAACCUCCUCCUGCUCCGCCACAGCGGCAGGAGUGUUCCCCUGCUGAACCUCCUCCUGCUCCGCCACAGCGGCAGGAGUGUGCCCCUGCUGAACCUCCUCCUGCACCGCCACAGCGGCAGGAGUGUGCCCCUGCUGAACCUCCUGCUGCUCCGCCACAGCAGCAGGAGUGUGCCCCUGCUGAACCUCCUCCUGCACCGCCACAGCAGCAGGAGUGUGCCCCUGCUGAACCUCCUCCUGCACCGCCACAGCGGCAGGAGUGUGCCCCUGCUGAACCUCCUGCUGCUCCUCCACAGCAGCAGGAGUGUGCCCCUGCUGAACCUCCUGCUGCUCCUCCACAGCAGCAGGAGUGUGCCCCUGCUGAACCUCCUGCUGCUCCUACACAGCAGCAGGAGUGUGCCCCUGCUGGAGAGGACCUCAAACAGCCCCUGGAAGAGAAAUGUGCCUAAGCUAGCUCCUGAGGACGAGUCAGCGCUGGUCCGGGGAUCGAACCCGCGCCUCCUGCAGCAGCUCGGAUCACAGGUGGAAGUGAGGCCCAACUUCAUCACGGAGCAGGAGGAAGCUGCUCUGGUGAAGGAGCUGGAGCCAGGGCUGAAGAGGAAACGCUACGAGUUUGACCACUGGGACAAUGCGAUCCACGGCUACAGGGCGACGGAUGCGGGUGGCGGGGGGGGCUAG